UGGCGCCGGCCAUUAAUCCACAUUCCACACUCCCCCAAACACCUAUCCUCCCCCUUAACUCCUCCCUCCUCAAUUCCUACUCAUCUCUACCCUCCUUGUUGGUUUCUAUCUCCUACUCCAAAAUCCAUCAUCAAUGCCUCACACGUAAUCCGCAAGCCCUUUUCCAAAAGAACACCACAGAAUCAUAGAAGAAACGAUCCAAAGUUCUAGUUUCACAAGGAAGAGAGUGGUCAUAAUAGAGGCGUCUCAAUGGAUAGGCUCCUAAGCCUAGAGCCAUCGAAUCAGGUGGCGAUCCGCAUCGAACCGGGUCAGAAGUGCUACGGCGAGCUCACGCUUCGGAACGUGAUGUACACCAUGCCGGUCGCCUUCCGGCUCCAGCCCGUGAACCGGACUCGUUACACUGUCCGACCGCAGUCCGGCAUAAUCGCCCCGCUCGCUGCGCUCACCGUGGAGAUCACCUACCUCCUUUCCCCCACCUCACCCGUCCCCGACUCGGUACACCAGUCGGACGAUUCGUUCCUCCUCCACAGCGUGGUCGUCCCCGGGGCCGCCGUCAAGGACCCCUCCUCCACCUUCGAUUCGGUUCCCAGCGACUGGUUCACCACCAAGAAGAAGCAAGUGUUCAUCGACAGUGGGAUCCGGAUCUUCUUCGUGGGAUCGGCCGUGCUGACUCGGCUAGUGGCAGCAGGGUCCAUGGACACGAUCCGAGAGGUGCUAGAGCGGAGCGAGCCGGAGUGGAGGGCGGCCGACUCGGCGGACUCGGCCGGCCAGAGCCUUCUGCACCUGGCCAUCGCCCGGGGCCGGCCCGACCUGGUCCAGCUUUUGCUCGAGUUCGACCCGAACGUGGAAGCCCGGAACCGGGCCGGCAGCACGCCGCUGGAGGCUGCGGCGGCCGCCGGUGAGGCGCUGAUCGUGGAGCUCCUUCUGGCGAAGCGGGCAUCGACGGAGAGGUCGCCGUCGUCGACCCUGGGCCCGCUGCACCUAGCCGCGGCCGCCGGGCACACGGAUGUGCUGCGGCUGCUGCUGCUGAAGGGGGCGGCGGUCGACGCGCCGGCGGAAGACGGGCGGAUGGCGCUGCACCUGGCGGUGGAGGAGAGGCGGCGGGACUGUGCGCGGAUGCUGCUGGCGGCGGGGGCGCGAGCGGAGGCGCGCGGAGGGGCCGACGGGGACACCCCGCUGCACGUGGCGGCGGCUGGCGGGGACGAGCAGAUGGUGAAGCUGUUGCUGGAUCGGGGAGGGGCGGGGCUGCGGGAGGUGCGGAACGCGGCGGGCCGGACGGCGUACGACGCGGCGGCGGAGGGGGGCCACGCUCGGCUCUUCGACAUGCUGAGGCUGGGGGAGGGGCUGGCGGCGGCGGCGAGGAAGGGGGAGGCAAGGGGGUUGCAGCGGAUGAUCGAGCGAGGGGCGGCGGUGAACGGGAGGGACCAGCACGGGUGGACAGCGCUGAUGAGGGCGGCGUUUAAGGGCAAGGUGGAGGUAAUGAAGGCGCUCAUGGACAAGGGGGCAGAGGUCAACGCCAGGGACGAGGAGGGGUACGCGGCGCUGCACUGCGCUGGUGAGGCCGGCCAGGCGGAGGCGGUGGAGGUGCUCGUGAAGCGCGGGGCCGACCUCGAAGCCAGGACAGCCAAAGGGGCCACAGCCAUGCAGAUAGCCGUCUCUCUCGGUUACGUUGGGAUCGCCAGGAUCCUUGCCCAGGGCGGGGCCGUCGCCAUUACAGCGGUGGCUACCGGGGGCGGCGGGAUGAGGUCAGCGGCGGAGAAGCUGGCGGUGAGGAAGGUCGGAAGCGGCGGCGGAGGGAAGGAGAUGGUGAGCGGUGGUCGGCUGUCGAGGGGUGGGCUCCAAAGAGCGGCGCUGCCAGUUGCCUGGUUACAUUAAAAUGGCGCUGGGUGGCCGCAACGGUGAACUUCUGCUGAGUAACUAGCGGAUAUAUCAUUAGUUAUGGAUUAUUUAUUUUAGUAUUUCUCGCACUCUGGUGCACGUAGUCUAUGUAAAUUUAUUGUUGCAAUGCUUAAAUCUGGAGGAUGUACAUUCGAUAAUUUUUUAUGUCAGAAGUAAUCACCACCACUAUGUUUCCAGAUCUUGGACAAAGUACAAAUAAAAGGGCAUGCUCUGAAUUUUAAGUGGAUUUGGAUCCUCUUCAUUGCAAAUGAAAUAAUGGAAAUUGCAUUACAUCGCUCAACUGUUACCACCUAAUAAAGGAGAAGUUUUAAUGGCUCCCAAAAUUUUGAUAAGGCGAGGUUGUAGAAGAAAGUUGUGAUACCUGGGCUCACAACCGAGGUCUCCGUCCGG